AAAAAUAAGAACAAAAAUGAUUACAGUUAUCAUUUUAAUUCUCCAUUGUUUUGAGCAUGUUUGCACGAGUGUGCAAAUGGCUAAUGAACGGAACUACACAUUGCAAGCACUAUGUCUCGCCGUCUGGCUGCCAUUUCUGCCAGGUGGAACAGUUUAGAUAAGAAAGAAAGAACACAGCGAGUUGGGGGCUUUUCCUCAGCAACGCUUGGCGAGCAUCCAAGGAGGUGCAAAGAGCAACACACCAAUGGGUUCACGCCACAACGACACACAGCUGAUCGUGAACCAAACAGGAAAAGAAAACAGAAUGCACUUGGUGACCAAGGCAGGUGAAAAUAGCACACAGAUAGUGAACCAAAAAGAAAGGGAAAACGGAGUACAGUUAGUGACGAAGAAAGAAGGAGAAGACAGCACAGAGAAUAUAAUACACAACAAGAAAGGAGGAGACAGGGAACGGCGAGUGAACAAAGGAGAAGGACAAAUCAGCACACCGCUGGUGAACGAGGAAGAAAGAGAAGACAGCACUAAGUUACUGCAAGAACACGCAGAACGAUUUGUAAGACUUAUCUUAGAAGUGGCCUCCAACAGGCUGAAAGAACGACACAAAUCCAAAUCACGUGAUAUACACGUUGAAAGUGAUAAUGAUACUGAUACAAGAGUUCUUAAACCGCUUAAAGAGACACCAGUAUCUGCAGAAGACAACGUUGACAGCCUCCUGGACUUUACCUUGUACGAAGUCUCUGACCAACUCACGCCAGAGCAGUGGCUCAUGAUGCUUGUUCCAGGGCUUGCUAGGGCGUUCAGAACCAAACUGCAGUCAGCUCCAAGAGACGUGACGUCAGCUGCAAACAUGAACGAUGACGAGCUCGAGGCCAUCAUUUCCUACAAAAUCAGUAAGCUUCUAGCAGAAUCACCCAUCGGGGACGGAAAAGUCUCUUCUCAGACUUCGAAAAUAUUUCAAGACGGAGAAACGUCCCCUGCUGUAGGCCAUAUGGAUGAAACAGAACGGGACGACUCGGUAUGUUUGUUCUUUUGUGCGGAGUUAGAAAGCGGUCACCCUCCACCACAGAACACGACACAGACCGCGGACAGUAGAGAACAUGAAUCUUGGCAACAGAUAAUUACCAAUAGAAGUCAGACCAUGUAUGAUGGAGUAUCCUUUUUACUUUCGAACCAAACGCCAAGUCAACCACCAGAUGGCAAACCAAAUCGUUCUGGCAAAUUGAUGAAGGGGCUCUAUCCCCAAGACUAUGGCGGAAAAGACGUCACGGAAAAGACAGACAGUGGAGUUGCCACGGAGUCAGCCUGGGUGGAUCACAACGACAUUGAGUUUGGAUCCCUUAGCCUCAACAUGACAAUGAAAAUUUGGCAAGAUGCUGACAGCAGUAAAAGACUCAAAGAACCAAUAGGCACCUCGUCUGAAAACCAAUCUCCACGGACAUCCCCUCAACUAGAUAAAGAGUUUGAUGACUGGGCCAGCUACAUUAUCAUUCCCCCAAAAGACAGCUUAUUAAAUAUCACUCCGCGGGGGACGCCCAGAAAGCAGUCCGGGUCUUCUAGUGCUGCUGAUGUGAGAACAUCAAGGCGUGGCAAGUUACUGCGGCCAGCGCCGUUCCUGCCGUACUUAGACCACGGUGAAUAUCAACCUUUCUCACAGUCACAGUCACUGUGUCCCGGGCUGAUACAUACCAACUUCCCGUACGCAUGGGGGACUCCUCAACAUCCGCUGGAGGAGAAAACUUUGCUCCAUGAUACUGUCUGCCCUCCAGCUCCCCCAUUCCCUCCCUCGCAAUUGAUGAUCAACUCGUGGCUCACUUUGAAUCGGUAUUAUAAUCGAUCACCUUCUUCAAAACCAGAGAAGUCUUUCGGAUUUUCAGAGAACAAAGAAUACCGCAUAAACAGAUAAAACAAAUUUA